AUGUCAGUGAAUAAUUUGACUAGCCAUCGUCGUCAACCUAUUAUCGGUGCUUGUGUUGACCAAGGUAUUGGUGGCAAUGAUGCUCAGCUAGACAUGAAACAACAUCUUAUUCAGUUAUCAUCAUUUAUUGAAAACUGGCAUUAUUCUGUGAAUCCACAAGAAUUUUACAAAUUCCUCGAUGAUAAUCCAAAAACUCAAAUUUUUCUCAUUAUGUCUGGACAAAUUCAUGAAGAAAUUGUUCCUGCAAAACAUACCUAUGAAAAUAUUCAUAGCAUAUACAUAUUCUGUGCCGAUGUUAAUGCGCAUCGUCGUUUAAAAGAGGAAUUUGAUAAAGUAAAAGAUGUUAUGAAUAUCAAUGAUGAUGUAUAUGAGCGAAUAGCUGAUGAAUUGUCACUAUUGUUGCUUAAUAUCGGUGAAUCAUAUAUACGAUCAAGUGAUCGUGGUUUAGCCCACAACUGUUUGAAUGAAGCAUUACGACUAAUGAAUACUACACUUCAUUUUCAAAACAAUCAUGGACGUGUAAUUCAAGCGAAGGAACUGUUAGAGUCAAUUGAUUUAUCGAUUAACUUAUAA